GACGAGGCAAUCGGCUGGGCGGUCGCGGCGGGAGUCUGCUACGCCGCGUACAAGCUCGUGUUCGGCUCAUCCUCGAGCUCGCGCCGUCGAGAAGUGUCGCAGGCCUCGAUCGACCAGGUCCUCGCCGUGUUUCCGCUCGUGUCGCAAGGCGCGGCGAGGUGGGAGCUCGAGCGCAACGGCGGCAGCGUCGAGAGGGCAGUCGAGCGCGCUCUGCGAGAGGGAGGCCUGCCAGAGCCGCCCGCCUCCUACUUCCCCCCACCAGCCGACGGCUCCGUCCCCGCCGUCGCGCGCCCCGCCACGCCCACGCCCGUCACGCCCACACGCGGCUCGUCGACCUCGGCACACGUCGCGCAGGGUCCGCCGCCGUCGCUCAUCAAGCGCAUGGGCCUCCAGGCCAAGGUGGCCGCCGACGACCACGACCAGGGCAAGGGCAAGGGCAAGGGCAAGGAGGUCGACGGCGAGCCGCUCAAGGCGGGAGGGUGGUCGCCCGACGCGUCGCAGAGGGAGCAGAACUUGCGCGCGAGGAAGGAGAAGCUCGUGCUCGAGGCGAGGCGGAAGCUUCUCGAGAAGCAGCAGCGCAAGAAGGAGGCGGGCGAGGCGCCCUCGUCCCCGUCGGCUUCCGUCUGAGCGCUCUCCGCCACGACGUCUGUGUACCUUAACCGCAACCAGCAUCUAUUCUCUCCCUUC